UCCCGAGUCCCGGAGCGCGCCCCCUUUCUGGCCGCGCCCCGUUCCUCGUCCCGGGAGCCGCAGGGCUCGAGAUGGCGGGGCCGUUCGAGGAGGUGGCCGUCUACUUCUCCCGCGAGGAGUGGGCAGAGCUGGCGGGCUGGCAGCGGCGGCUCUACCGGGAGGUGAUGCUGGACACCUACGGAAUGCUCGCCUCGCUGGGUUGGGCCGCCGUUAAGCCCGAGCUCAUCUGCAGGUUGGAGCGAGGAGAGACGCCGUGCGUGCCAGACCCCCCCGGGGAGCGGCAGAGGCACCGCAGCCCUGUGCCAGGCGGGUCCCGGGGGUCCCCUGGAGGCAUGGGGGGUUCCUCCAGCAGGAGUUUGGGAGAAUCAUCCCAAGAUGAACCAAGUGGGAGCUGCGGAGACCCAGAAGGGCACCCUCACCCUCCUCUUGGCCUGGCCCCCCAGCCGCGGGAGAAGACCCCCCUCACGUGCCCUGAGUGCAAUAAGAGCUUCAGGAGUCGGAGUGCACUGACCGCCCACAAGAAGAUCCAUGCGGGUGAGGGCCCCUUCACCUGCACCAACUGCAGUAAGAGCUUCAGCCGGAAGAGCAACCUGACCAGACACCAGCGCAUCCACACGGGUGAGCGUCCCUUUCACUGUGCUGACUGUGGCAAGAACUUCAACCAGAAGAAACUCCUGAUUACACACCAACGCAUCCACACAGGUGAGCGCCCAUUCACCUGCCCCGAGUGCAGCAAGAGCUUCAGAGAGAAGGUCAGCCUGAUCACGCACCAACGCAUCCACACCGGUGAGCGCCCGUUCACCUGCCCCGAGUGCAGCAAGAGCUUCAGCCAGAAGGUCAGCCUCAUCAGACACCAGAGCAUCCACACAGGCGAGCGCCCCUUUGCCUGCACCAACUGCAGCAAGAGCUUCAGAGUGAAGGUCAGCCUGAUCAAGCACCAACGCACCCACACAGAUGAGCGCCCGUUCACCUGCCCCGAGUGCAGCAAGAGCUUCAGCCAGAAGGUCCACCUCAUCAGACACCAGAGCAUCCACACAGGCGAGCGCCCGUUCACCUGCACCGAGUGCAGCAAGAGCUUCAGAGAGAAGAGUGUGCUCAUAGCCCACCAACGCAUCCACAGUGGUGAGAAGCCGUACAACUGUGAGGUGUGCAACAAGACUUUCAGGCAGAAGUCUGACCUGAAGAGACACCAGCGGAGCCAUACGGGCGAGUGCCCCUUCACCUGCACCGACUGUGAUAAGAGCUUCAGCCACAGGGUCUCCCUGACCAAACAUCAGUGCAUCCACAGGGGCGAGAAGCCCUUCACCUGCCAGACACGCGGGAAGAGCUUCAGCCAGAAAUGCUACCUCAUCUUGUACCAGCACACCAGAAGGAAAAGACGAUGAAAGUGAGGAGCUGCAGCUGCAGGAACUGAGGGAACCUGUGAAACAGCCCUGAGCUGAAGACAUGAAAGAGAAAGAGGAUGAACUAACCGGGAGCUUGCAAGCAUCAACAACCCUUGAGUGGAGUGAGUGGUGGCCGUGUCUUCUCCACCACCGGCGAUGGAGAGAUGGCCUUGGAGUUUCAGGGAGCCUGGGGCAUGGCGGGGGGAGCCGGUGGGCAGAC